AUGACGUCGAUGACGAAGAGAGCGGACUCUCUUCAAGUGUUGGCAGAUUCGGACGUGUCGAACAACUUGUUCGACAGCAACGUCUGCCGUUGUUGGACUUCGAGGACAAGCAUGUGCCUCGAAGUCAGUUGGAACGCGCGUGCUGUAACGACUCCGGGAGUCGUUGACAGAAGAGGAGUGUCUGGUCAGGGACCAGACACUACUAAGGAAUACUCCGCCGUGAGGCUUCGAGGUGACAAGGGUGUGUCAACUCCGGGAGUUGCGACACACUGCUCCGCCGUAAGGCGUAGAGGUAACGACAAUGCAUCGACUCCGGGAGUCGAUGCGACAAGCUGUGUGGACGGUUGCAAACGUCCAGCACUAAAGCUUGCGUGCUGUCGUGCAGCCGGGCUGCACGAAGUAGGGCACGAUCAAGCCGGGCUUGAUGACGCGUGCCCGCGGGUACAAGAACCCGCCCGCGGUCGCCCGCAGACUGGAAUGUCUGCCGGUGGUAUCAAGGAACAUUCGUCCAUGGCCGGGCCUGGACGAAACGCAAGUGACUCCGGGAUUCACAAGAAGAAGUGA